UGCAAUGCAUUAUAAAGUUGAAUGGCGUACUUUUCACGCAAAACCGUUACAGUUGAAAGAAAACAAAGUGUAUAAUUAUUCAUUGUUCAGUAAUAAUUAUUUUAACUGGAAAAUAUCUCUUAUAAUUUUUAUAAAUGAUAUUUAACUUAAUAUCAUUGGCAAGAUAAAAGAGAAAUUAUUUAUUUGUCAUUUAUUAUCAAACAAUCAGAGUGAAUAUCUCACUCUAACUUUCCAUUUCAAUAUUACGUUCAUUUAUAUUUAACUAUUAACACAUUAAAUAUUAUAAUAUUGAUUAUUAUAAUAAUUUUUGUGCUGCAUAUGAUAUUAGGAUAUAAUUUGCCCUUGUAUGUCAAUUUUUUUAUUAAAUAGAUAAACGUAAUUCACAGUGACAUUAGUUUAUGUUCUCAAUACAAAAUAUAUAAUUGAAAAAAAGUAAACAAUUAAGAAUGGCACCAGGACGAGAAGAAGUUCCUGUUAAAAGAAUAGCAGCACCAGGUUGUAAGUUGCCAGCAAAAUUACCAGCAAAUGAGAUUCUUACAGAUAUUACUCAGAAUAAAUGGAGACUUGGCAAUAGCAUUGGAUAUGGUGGAUUUGGUGAUAUAUAUUUAGCUUCCAAAGAUAUCACAUCUCCAGUAGGUGAUGAUGCACAAUAUGUUAUUAAAAUUGAACCACAUAAUAAUGGACCUUUGUUCGUUGAGAUGAACUUUUACAUUCGAGUAUCUAGAAAACAUAUGAUUGAAAGUUGGUGUAAAACACAAAGAAAAAGAAGAAUAGGUGUUCCAACUUAUGAGGGAUCUGGGUCUCAUAUUUAUCAAGGACAACGUUACAGAUUUUUAGUUAUACCAAGAUACGGUAUAGAUAUUGGUAAACUGUUUAUAUCAAAUAACAGAAAAUUACCAACUAGGCUUGUUAAUAAUUUAGCUGUACAAAUGCUAGAUGCAUUAGAGUACAUUCACAGUCACGGUUAUGCUCAUGCAGAUAUUAAAGGCCCAAAUAUUUUAUUAGCCCCUUACGAAGAAAGUGUAGUAAGAGAAAGAUCUCAAGCUUACUUGGUAGAUUAUGGAUUGGCUUAUCGCUUUAGAACAACAGCAGGUAAUCAUAAACCAUUUGUUCAUGAUGAAAGAAGAGCACACGAGGGAACCUUGGAAUUUACAUCUCGUGAUGCACAUCAUGGAACACACUCGAGAAGAGGAGAUCUUGAAACAUUAGGGUAUAACUUAUUACAAUGGAUGUGUGGUAAAUUACCAUGGGAAAAAGAUAGUAACGAUUUAUCCGAAGCAAUAGAUCCGGAAGAAGUUCAUGCUGAAAAGGAAGCUUUAUUAUCAAAUUUACCCUUACUUAUGGAAAAAUGUUUUCCAAACAGAAAGAAUUAUCCAUCUGCUCUCGUGGAAUAUAUGAAAUAUAUCACAGAAUUAGACUUUGAAAGCAAACCAAAUUAUUCUUAUCUAAGAAGUCUAUUUCAACCUGGCACCAAUCAAGAAAGUAAAGUUCCUACAUGCCUCUUCAACAUCCAUGAGUCCAAUGAGAACACUUGUGCCACGUCAAUUAGGCGACCUUAUUUACGAGAACGAAAGCCAUGCAGACCCGUAAAUGGCGAGAUUCGAAUAACAAGAAAUACACAAUUGAAAAGUCAACCAAAAAAAUUCUGUUGGGAGGAAGUAUUGGCAUUUCAUCCAGACAGACUAGCAAAAAUUAGUGUACAAACGCCGCCAACUCCAUUGACACCACCACCAUCCCCGCCACCAUCGCCAAUUCCAUCACUACCAACUUAUGCGAUGUUAGAUGUUAUUCGUAGGAUGAAAGAGAGACAAUCAGGAGCAUAUAAACAUAGAUCACGAUUAGUAGACAUUGACUUUAAAGCAAAAUGGAUGACUCCGGCGAUGGAAGAAGUUGUACGUUUAAAAAAGAGAUCAUCGGAAACUUUGGUUUCUUCCAUUAAUAACAAUACCUCUGGUACGGCACGUGUAACGCGUUCUCGAGUGGCAAAAUUAAAACGUCUGGGAAAACACGACAAGUUCGAUCAAGUACUGAAAAGCUCCAGUAAUAACAGAGGCGCACAAAGAAAAAAAUAAAACAUUAUGCUAUUAAGCUAAAAAUUUUGUCGAUCAAUCUCAAAUGUCUGUUGUUAUCGAACAAUAUAUUUGCCUCUCCGAUUAUUUUAUUAUCAGACAUAUACUUAAUAAGUAUUAUAUAAUUUUUUUUUAGCUUAUACUUAGAUUUAUAUAAUAAUUAAUGUUCGACGUUCCUCACGCGAAAGGAUAAAAAUUUGAUCUAUUAUUAUUAACAUCAUUACUGUUAUAGUUCACUGUACAAUGUUAUUAAAAAAAAAAAAAAGAAAAAAAAAGAAAAAAAAAAGAAAAAAAAAACGACAAAAAAAAACAAACAAAACAAAAAACAAGAAAAAACAACAAAAAUGUGUACCGUCGAGACAGUUCCGCGUUAAUCGACGAAUAAAAAAAAAACUACACUUCUCUGUGUAUCGUGAUUUUUGAUUUAAC